AUGAAAAAGCUUACUCCCCCCCCCCUCCGUGAGCGAACAAAAAAAUUUUGUUCGCUCACGGAGGGGGGUUAAUUUUUUUUUUAAAAAAAAAUUUAUAUAUAAAUUUUAUAAAAAAUAUUUUUUUCGAAAUUUAAAAAAAUCCUAAUUUGCAAAAAUUGGGAAGCAAAUAUUAAUUUAAUUUGCAAAAUUUAUGUUUUAAAACGCAAUUUGUUUAAAAUUAAACAGAAUUAGUUCUAGAUUUCAUUAUACUAAUUAUCACUUAUAUAUCAAAAUUUUUUUUCCAUUAAAUUUUUUCUAUUAAAAAAAUUUUUGUUCACUCACGGAGGGUGGGUUUUUGGUCAAAAAAUGGCGAUUUUUCUAAUGGUUUUGUUCGCUCACGGAGGGGGGGGGGGGAGUUAGCACUUACCAGACUUUUGAGAAUUCUUUGCAAUCUGAAGACUGGGACAAAAUCGUGUUUUUGCAAGCCAAUAAAACAAGGCUGAAUCUGGCUUAUUUUUUUUAUUUGAUUUCAUUCGGUACUUUUUACUUAUUCAAUAGAUGAAGCCCUCUGCUAGACCUUUGGAAAUAUGAUAUUUGUUUGCCGAAUGAAGCAAGUUAUGUGAUGAUUAUAGCGAAAGAUGGGAGUCACACUAUUAUUCCUAUUGAAAUUAUUGAAGUUCCUUUAUCAACACUUGGGUAUUUUGCUAGUGAGAAAACAGUUGAAAUUAAGGUAAAACUUAUAUAGACUUUUGUAUUUAGAUUUGUUAGGUAUUAUAUGAAAAACGAUAAUUAUACUUUUCUACCUUUGAAAUUCGAGACUAACUACACUGGAGCCGAUUUUCAUGAAAAACUUGGCAAAGGGAUUGCAAAUCCUUAUGAAGUCACCUUAAUUUCCCCAAUCCCUUAAUCGAGCGGAUGAAUUAGAUAAUUAAAGAUGAGGGAUGAGAAAAAUAAAUUAAAACAAAUUUUUUAUUUAUAUGAAAUUCACCCUAUUAAAAUCCACAAGAGAUAGAGAAGAAAUUACAUUAAAAUUGUGUAGAACCUAUUAAACGUAUAAUAUUAAAAUUUCAUUACUAUCAAAGAUAAAUAGUUAGAUUUGAGGGAGCAGGUUUCAUAUUUGGCCAUAUAAAAAUCGUUUAAUCAAGGAUUUGGGGUAAGAAGAAAAUUAUUUGGGGAAUGCGAAAUCAAUGUGCCAAUUCCUUCAAUUUUCUCUCUUAUAUUUAUCGAAGUGACUCAUCCUUUUUUCCUCUUCCAAACAUUUAGUGUCCUCCUCUGAUGUUAUGAAGAAUACUACCUCUAUUCAAGCGUUAUUUUCAUUUUUUCUAUUAUUUCUGUCACAACAACAGUAUCAGAAAUUAGAAGCGGGAUUUCUUCCAUAAAGUCAAUGGCGCGCUUUGAAUGCUCUAUAUCAGCCUUCCGAGAUUCUCAAUGAAAAACAAUUUCAAGUAAAGAGCUUGUCCCAGGCGAUCUCAAAAAUUAAAAAUGGCUUGGAGAACUAAGGUAAACUCUUAAUAGCUGUAGUUGAUGGUAGGAUGGGACCUUGUGGAAGGGAAAGCAGCAUGCGGUAAUAGAUUCCAGCUGAGUUUUAUUUGGCUGGUGAAGUGCAAUGUCAGGCUAGCCAACCGCAGGAUCACAUACAGGCCAAUGUUUACUUCAUGGGAGGAGAAAAGUCGGAAGUUGGAAAGAGAUAGCCCAGCAAGACUCGAGAGUGUUCGUUUUGCCAAUUGUGUAUUUUCUGACGCGAUACUAGGAGUUGCGUCCUGGAUAAGUCUUAUUCGUCCGAUAGCCUAGCUAGAACUUUUUUAAAUUUUCGGAAAGAGCAACGUUGGAUUGCGGACGCUGACCAGCGUCUUUACCUUCAGGAUGUGAGUUCAAUCCCUCGACCACAGGGAGUAACACAUGCCUUAAGUUUGGAAUCGAUUGGCAAACAGCAAGAGGGUAGAGCGAAGCAAGAGACGUGAAAAGUUGGCAUGACUGGCCGGGAACUUCUCGAUAAUAAUCUAAGUUGAGUCCCAGGCGAUCUCAUUCAUCUUCCAGAGCACACACAAAUUCCAUGUGACGUGGUUCUCAUUAGUGGCAGCUGCUUAGUUGAUGAAAGUAUGCUGACCGGUGAAUCUCAGCCUGUGUUAAAAGAACAAAUUUCUACAGCCAAUUUUUAUGUGUAUAAUGAUGAUAAAAACUGCACAAUUAGCUCUGGGACAAAAUCAUUGUCUCAUAAAGGAAGCUGUGAGGCCAUUGUAAUCGCGACUGGAUUUGCUACUGCAAAAGGAAGCUUGAUAAGGUCAAUUUUGUUCCCAAAGCCAAACAGAUUUGGGUUUGUGUCGGAUUCUAUGAAAUUCAUAUUAAUUAUGACUGCAAUUGCAGUGGCUGGGUUCAUUUGGACUUUUGUAGAACUUGCUGAUGAUGAUAUAGACCUAUUAAAUAAAAUUUUAGCAGGGCUGGAUUUAGUAACUAUUAUAAUACCGCCUGCGUUGCCAUUUGCUAUGACAGUUGGCACUGCUUUUGCAAUUUCUAGGAUGUAUCGUAAAAAUAUCACUUGUAUUUCUCCACCAGCAGUGAAUGCUGCUGGAAGGAUUUCAAUUGUAUGUUUCGAUAAAACAGGAACCUUAACAAAAGACUCAAUGACUUUAAAAGGGGUUUGGGACGCAAAUUUUGGACUUUUUACUGAUAAUUUAUUGGAAUGCUCUCAGAUUUUCCAAGAAAAUAUGGCAACUUGCCAGUCUUUGACGCGUUUAGAUGGGAAACUUAUAGGAGAUCCUCAAGAAGAAGAAAUUUUUAAAAAAUUGUCAUGGGAAUGGAUUGAAAGUGAUAGUGAGAGAUGCAAGGUAAGGAAAAAUGACGUUGAGAUCAAGAUAAAAAACUUAUUUUAUUUUUCACCUGUAACAAAGCGCAUGGGAGUUAUUAUAGAAAAUCAGCAAGGAAUAGGCUUGCAUUUGAAAGGGGCACCAGAAGUAAUUAUUCCAUUAUGCAAAGAGUAUCCAGAAAAUUUGGAAAACCUUAUAAAAUUGUACUCCAGUCAAAGCUAUAGGAUUUUAGCAUGUGCUUAUAAAUCCUUACCAGACUAUAACCCUAAUGAGAAUUAUGAAAAUGACCUGAUUUUUUUAGGCUUGAUUUUGCUCCAAAAUGAAAUUAAGCCAAAUUCAUAUGAAGUAAUUUCCGAGCUUAAAUGUGCCACCAUUAAAUGCAUUAUGUCAACUGGUGAUUCUUUAGUUACUGCUGCAUCUAUUGGCAAAGAAUGCGGAAUUAUCCCAAGUAGUAGCUCUGUUGUCUAUGGAAGUUUAUUGGAUAGAAAUGUAGUAUGAAAAAACGAUGCUAGUAAAGCCAUUGAUAUCACACAGUUGUCAGACAAUUUCUGUUUGGUUCUUACAGGUGAGCUUCUGGAGUUCAUGGCUUCCAUUUCUCAUCAAAGCUUACCUAUUGUCCUUGAUAAAGGCUUAAUUUUUAGCAGGAUGUCACCUGACCAAAAAGUCUUAUUAAUCCAACUGCUUCAAACUAAUAACACUAUGGUCGCCAUGGUAGGAGAUGGUGCCAAUGACUGUGGAGCCUUAAAGGCAGCUGAUGUCGGUCUGAGCUUGAGUGAGGCUGAAUCUUCAAUAGCUGCCCCAUUUAACGGGACCAGACUUAAUGGUAUUAUUGAUAUUAUAAAAGAAGGCAGAGCAUCCUUACUCACACAACUUUUAAAUUGGAACAAAAAUUGCUCAUCCAAUUUAAAGGAGUGUUAUUUUUUUUAAAACAAGUAAAUUUAAAAUUUUUUUUCGAUAUUAAAUUAUUAAAAUCUUAAAAAUAUAAAUUGUGAUAAUACUUUAAGUUAAUCGAUUCAAUGUGAAAACUGUUUAAAUAGAAUUCUACUUAUACUUUUUCUAUUAAUUAGAUCAUAAAAUUUGUAUUUGAUCUUAAAUUAGUAUUUUUAAAUAUAUAAUUAAUUGAAUUUUAUUUAUUUUUAUAAAGAACUAAAUAAAAAUUUAAUCAAUUCAGUGAGAGAGCUGUUUAAAUAGCAUUCUAUUUGCAUUUUGUCGAUAGCUGGGAACGUGCUAUAUUUAAAUUAUGUCAAACUAAUUUUAUAAAAAUUAGUAUUUUCGUCGAUAAAAUUUUCCUAUUGAAAAACUGUUCCAAUUCAAAGGGUGUUUAAAGUACCGAAAUGCAAAUUUUAGAAAUAGUUUGUUACAAUUUAAAAGGGGGGAGUUAGUUACUUGUUUACAAACCUUCAAAUUUAUCAUGAUGUAUAGUCUCGUCCAGUUUUCUGUGAUAAAUAUUUUAUAUUUAUUAGACAACAAUAUGACUGACAGUCAAUAUUUAUAUCAAGAUUUAUUUUUAAUUAUGCCGCUUGCUGUGUUUAUGGCUUAUACAGGGGCUUAUGAUAAGCUUGCUAAAUUUAUGCCUCCUGGCGCUUUAGUGUCAAUACCAAUUAUCUCAUCCUUGAUCGGGCAUUUUGCUGUCGUGGUGAUUGGCCAAACUAUGGGGUAUUUUGCACUGAUUUUGCAUGAUUUUUAUAAAGAGUCAGGAAGCAGCUUAGAAGUUGCAGCAGAAGGACAUAGUAAUACAGUUUUAUUUCUUAUAAGCACAGCUCAGCUAUUGUGCGUUGGGAUAUGUCUUAAUAUUGGGCCUCCUUUUAGAAAACCUGCAUACGAGAAUUAUUUGUUUACAAUUGCUGCUGUAAUCGCAGGGGGGCUUAAUUUGUAUUUGAUAUUCAUGCCUUCUGAAGGUGUACAAGACAUUCUAGGGCUUGUUGAUAUUCCACUGGAGUUUUCGUUUGUGAUAUUUGCAAUUGUUUGUCUGGGAUUUGCGUGUUCAUUUGUUCAUGAAAGAGUAUUCAUUGAUUUUCUGAGCCUUUCUACAAAUAGUUUGAAUAAGUCACUUAAUUAA